AUGGCAGUCGACGCCGAAGACCUCCUUAUUCAGCCCUUCCGUGACGUGGUUGCGGCCGGCGCCGCCGCCGUUGCGAAUGCGAGAAACGACGGACCCGCCAGCCAUGUCGAUCGCAUGGCCAGGGCCGCACAGGCGCUCGUUCGGGAAGGUGAGAGGGCAUUGACCAAGGUGCAGCUGGUCUGGAACGACCACGUUGCCAGACAUGGAGACACAUUCCGAGAAACGAUGGUGCAGCAGGCUUCCAUCGAGAAAAGGCGACUGGAGCUCGAGGAGCUGCUCUGGGACUUCGACGACUUCACACAUCCGGACGAGUUUGACCAGCAGCGAUAUGCGGCCCUGCAAGCGGCAACCAAGGCGCUGGCCCUGGCCAUCAUUGACACGGCCAAACGCCUGAACUUCGAGACAACCAUCCCACCAACGCCAACGGGCGGCUUCCCUCCCUUGCCUCCACUUCCCACUCGUCCUGAGACGCGAGCUGGUCCCAGUUCUCGGCCCCCCUCCGUCCGCUCCAACCGCCCGCGAACCUUGUCCAAACCAAAAGCAGCACAGGAGUAUAAUGCCGGGAACGCUCAGGAUGUGCGGCGGGACAGUAUACCCUCCAGUCCAAGCACCGCCCACACCAGAACAUCUGUCCUGUCAGACACCAGCACAUCGUCAUCCGCAUUGCUGGGGAGUCUGGACUCUCUUGUCAUCCCCGAGGACCCGCCCGAUGCCAAGGGAUUCCCGCCCGGUUCCAACAACACAGACCUGCUCGGCCUAGAGGAACUGCUCAAAGAGUCGAGCUUCCACAGCGAACGCCGCAAAUCCCGGCCCGCCAGCCCGCGGAUCCCGGAUUGCGGCAUCCGAGAAGACAGCACCUACUACAGGCUCAAGGGCCUGUGUAAGGGGGCAACAAGGUUCCGGAAGGAUGGCCACUGGGGCAGCAUCAAGCUCAGCAGCGAGUACGAUGCGGCCGGUACCUCGGUCGGUGGCGGGGAUAUGAUGCGGGCUUCCGAUGGGCUGGCGGUGCCCUUCCAGUACGAGACGGCCAAGGUUGGUACCUGCAGCGAGUGCGGGUAUGCUGACGACCUAGACAACGUGGAACUGGACAAGAGCAAUAAGCCCGAAGCCGUGCGCACCUCGGCAUGCGGAGCCCGCUACCGGCUCCGCCUGCUUUUCAAAUCCCACCUCCGGCAGGGCAGCAGCAGCAGCAGCAGCGAAACCAACUACGCCUGCCUGUGGUGCGUCCAAGCGGGCGCCGUCAUGCGCGAGGGCGACGCCACCGUCUUCCGCUCCGCCGAGAACCUGCUCCGGCACCUCGCCCGCCACCCACAACCGCUCCCGUCCCUAUCCGGCAUCUCAGUACGCUACGGCCGCCUGCUGCCGGACGACGCCGACGACAUCUUCGACCUGCACCUGCCGGAAUCCCCGACCCCGGUGCCCAUGCCGGAGAACGUAGCCCGCUUGGCCACUGCCGUCGCCGUGAAAGACCACUACCGCCGCCCGGGGAGGGGGAAGCUGGACAAGCCGCCGGGCUAUGACGCCGACAUGCUCGAGUUCAUGGAGGGCGCGCGCAUCGUGGGCGUGAUCUUCCCCGAGAAGUGGGGCGGCAAGUACUGCCUGGGCCGUCACGACGGCGAGUUCGGCGCGUUCCCGGCCAAGGCGGUGGAAUUGCAAAGCCCGCAGCCGAGCGAGAUCCCCGCGGGCGGCGAGAGCGGCAUGAGUGCCACGGCCAGGUGGAAGUGGGCGCCCCCCGGGGGGAAGGAAGGGGCGCCGUGGCUGGCGUUUGGGAAGGGCGAGGUUAUUACCAAUGUGCAGUGUCUUUACGCGGACUACUGGUGCUGGUCCGGGACGAACAGCAAGGGGAAGACGGGCGUGUUCCCUCAGUCGCAUAUCGACUUGCAGACGCUUAGGGGGCAGGAUUCGACGGUCGCCAAGAAGAGCAGGGGCAGGAGCUUCUUCGGUAUGCGAUCCCACAGUGGCACGGACACCACGAAGGGCGGUUCGGGACAUAGAAACUCCAUUGCCGGAUAA